AUGAUUAUCUACGCUGACAUCAUUUCCGGUGACGAGAUCAUCUCGGAUACCUUCAAGAUCGCCCCUAGCGCUGCCUGCCCUAUCCUUUGGGAGGCUGACUGCAAGAAGUACCUCAAGAAGGGUAACGAGGACUUCCAGCUUGAGGGUGCUAACCCCUCCGCUGAGGAUGGUGAUGCCGAUGAUGGUGGUGAGGGCGAGUCCACCAUGGUCCACGACAUUGAGGACCAGUUCCGUCUUGUCUGGUUGAAGGAGGACGAGGGUCUUAAGCCUUCCAAGGACGGCUUCAAGUCUCACCUGAAGGGCUAUGUUAAGAAGGUUCUCGAAAAGCUCACCGCCGCCGGUGCCAGCGAGGAGACUAUCAACGAGUUCAAGAAGGGCGCCGCUGCCGCUGUCAAGCACAUCAUUGGCAACUACAACAACUACGAUGUCCUCAUGGGUACCUCCAUGGAUGGUGAUGCCAUGCACGUUCUCAUUGACUUCCGCGAGGACGGUGUCACUCCCUUUGCUACUGUCUGGAAGCACGGUCUCAAGGAGAUCAAGGUCUAA